CCACUCCACCGCGGCCGCCGUCGCUACCGCGGCAUCUUGCCUGGGCGCGGGAGGGCAGGCUAGCUCUCCUCUUCCUCCCCGGGGGAGAGAACGCCGCUUAGGAGGGAGCACCAGCGAGGAGGCGCGAGAAGGGCUGAGGAGCAGAGCGUCCCGAGGGGCUGCGACGCCGCGCGUGCCGCGGCCUCGGUAUCCGUCAUGGCCGCUCGGCCACGUGACCGGCAGGCGCCGCCUGGCGCCCGUCGCUAGUUCUGUCGCCUCGGUUCCGACUCCCCCCUUCCUCGCGUGCGAACUCGUGCCUUCUCUCCUCAGGAGGAGGGCUGUACAGGCUCUGAGAAAUCGAAAACAUCUGGAGAAAAUGACCCAUUGGUUUCAUAGAAACCCAUUGAAAGCCACAGCUCCUGUCUCUUUUAACUAUUAUGGUGUAGCCAGUGGCCCUCCUGCUUCAAAAAUUUGCAAUGACAUGAGGUCAUCUAGGGCACGACUCCUGGAACUGUUCACUGAUUUGAGCUGUAACCCAGAAAUGAUGAAGAGUGCAGCAGACUCAUAUUUUUCACUUUUACAAGGUUUUAUAAAUUCAUUGGAUGAAUCUACCCAAGAAAGCAAGUUACGCUAUAUUCAAAAUUUCAAGUGGACUGAUACAUUACAAGGACAGGUUCCAAGCGCCCAGCAGGAUGCUGUUUUUGAAUUAAUUUCCAUGGGAUUUAAUGUAGCUUUAUGGUAUACCAAAUAUGCAUCAAGAUUGGCUGGAAAAGAAAACAUAACAGAAGAUGAAGCAAAAGAAGUCCAUCGAAGCCUAAAAGUUGCAGCUGGGAUUUUUAAACAUUUAAAGGAAAGUCAUAUCCCAAAACUUAUAACACCUGCAGAAAAGGGAAGGGAUUUAGAGGCACGGCUCAUAGACACUUAUAUUAUCCAGUGUCAGGCUGAAGCUCAAGAAGUAACAAUUGCUCGAGCAAUUGAACUAAAACAUGCUCCUGGACUAAUUGCUGCACUGGCAUAUGAAACAGCCAAUUUCUAUCAAAAAGCUGAUCAUACUUUAUCCAGUUUGGAGCCUGCAUAUUCUGCUAAAUGGAGAAAAUAUCUUCACUUGAAAAUGUGUUUCUACACAGCUUAUGCUUACUGUUAUCAUGGUCAGACUUUGUUGGCUAGUGAUAAAUGUGGUGAAGCAAUCAGGUCUCUCCAAGAAGCAGAAAAAUUUUAUGCAAAGGCAGAAGCAUUAUGCAAAGACUAUGGGGAAACCAAAGGACCUGGACCAACAGUCAAACCUUCAGGACAUUUGUUCUUUAGGAAACUUGGAAACCUUGUGAAGAAUACCCUAGAAAAAUGUCAGAGAGAAAAUGGAUUUAUUUACUUUCAAAAAAUUCCAGCAGAAGCCCCACAACUGGAACUCAAAGCAAAUUAUGGUCUUGUAGAACCUGUACCUUUCGAAUUUCCUCCUACAAGUGCACACUGGACACCAGAAACAUUGGCUGCAUUUGAUCUCACCAAAAGGCCCAAGGAUGACAAUACCAAGCCCAAACCAGAAGAAGAAGUGAAACCUGUGAAAGAGCCAGAUAUCAAACCUCAGAAGGACACAGGGUGCUACAUCUCCUGAAAUAUUCCUAAAAUACAAUAUGCACUUAGAAUUUCUCCACUAGUAGAUAAGAUAAACGACAGAGCUUCAAUUCAUAUUUUUUGAAAUGAUUUCUCUGAAGCCUGUAGUAUAAUUAUUGCAUUCAGAGGGAAUUUGCCUUCAGUCUAUCUGUUCUUGAUUUUUAAUAUAGCAGAGAAGUUUCAUGCUUUGUGUCCAAACUCUCCUUUUUAAUCAGGACAACAUGUGAAAGAUUUUAUUGAGCCUCUAAAGGGUAUAUUAGGGAUUCGGUCUUUUUUUUCAAACUCUAGAUAGUAAUAAGUUCCAGGUUAAUACAUUAUAGGCCUGAAUCAUGUGGUCUUAGGUAUGUUUUUCUAGCUUCACAAAAGUUUAUUUUCCUUCUUCUUUGAUACUAGAAGAAUGAUAGGAUUCAAGAACAGAAACAGUUCUUCCCCCCUCACCAUUUUGUUAAUUGCAGCAGACUUGUUACAUUCUGAGUCAUUUACCUUUUCUGAUAGGGAAAAGAAAAGUCAUUUAUAGUUAAACACCAGAAAUCCUGCAUACCAAAUCCCUUGCAUGUAUUAGAAUCUAUAAUUUACUCAAAACUCAGUGUUUAUAGGUAUGUGAGACCUUUAAGAACUUAUCCCAAUUCUGGUAGCUCUGUACUUCAUUCAGUAACCCUACAGUGAUUUUUACAGGUACCUUUUCUCAUGGGUUUUUUACUUAGAGGUCAGAUCUUUGUAACAGCUUUUAAUGUUUCUAUAUAAGAGAAGACAGUAGAAUGGAAAAUGUUUUCUGAAGAAGUCCAACAUUGCAUGAUGUAAAGAAAAAACUUUAAACUUAAAUGACAUAUGUUGUCCUGAAUUACACUGGUAACUCUCUACUUCUUUCUUGAAGAAGUUAUAGUCAAAUGCUUUUGUUACCUGAUUUCAGUGUGCAUUGUUUUUAUAUGGUUUUCUAAUAUACAUAUCCUGUUAGAAUUGUAUUGUUUUAGGCCAAAGGCCGUAGCAAAAACUUGAGAACAAACAUAGAUACACAGUGAUCUUAAAAAAUUGUAAUAUUUGAAAAGGUCAUAAUAUUUGAAACACUUUAGUAUGUAUACAAACUUGGGAAUUAGUGAAUGUAUAAUACAGUCACAGAUCUAUAUGUUUAUCUUUUGAUUUUUCUGGGGUGAUUGAUAGCUAAUUUUCCUAUUAUAAAUGACAGAUUGGUUCACUUAAUAGAUUUAAUAGAAGUGUGUAUUGAGAGCUUACUAUGUGCCAAGUACUAUACUGAGCACUUCCAUAGAUAAACUAUUGAGUCCAUACAGCAGCCAUAUGAAAAAUAAGUAAAAUCUGCAUAAAGUAUUAAAAAUAGGAAUAUACAUUUCAUUAUGAAGCAUGACUAGAUUGUAACACCAAGGUCAAGGGUUCAGUUCCCUGUACUGGCCAGCCGCCAAAAAAAAAAUGAAUCAAUAGUGUGUUUAACUAAAUAAUGACUUAAAUCGUAUAUCAUAGUUUACACUCCUUAAAAAAGUGACAUAGAAUCAGUGAGGGUUUUUUAAAAAAUGUAGAAAUGCUAAUUACUGCUUGCAGUAUAACAUUUAAUAUUUGAAGCUGCAGUUUCCAGAAUAGUAAUAACAGACAUUUUUAUUUGGCUGUCUAUAGAAAAAAUAUUUAUUAGAUUUUUUGUAUUUUGUGUGAUUCUUAUUACCAAAUAACUUGUCUGCAGUAUGCUAUUUACUGACAAAACUUUAAACAGUACUUGAUGCCAGUUUUCUCUGCCUUUAGGACCUAUUUACCUUAGCUACUAAUGCUUAUUAAUCCAGUUACUAAAUUUUCACAUUGACAUUUGUGUGGAUUAUUUAUGUUACCAUAUAUGAAAAGAGAACAUGUAAUAUGCUCAGUGCUUCUGUAAAAUGUAGUAAAUAUUGGUAUUACUUUAAAUCAAUAGUAGGCAACUUUGACAUGAGCAGAUAAUAUUCUGUAGACUCAGCAAAGGUGACAUUUUGUGACUAAAAUAUCCAAUGAUAUAUAAUAUUUUUUGAAAUGGUGUUGGAAAUUUUGGUAAAUUAUCUGAUAUAAAGAAUUUGUGUGAAGAUUAUAAGAGAUAUGUAACUAUUUGUAUUAAUUGUUGCACAUAUCUCAUUCUGGGCAAUGACAGCUAACAUACUACUACUACUACUUCUGCUAAAGGUGGUGUUUGUAUAGUGAGUUAUCUAUUUAUGAAAAUAAAAGUAAUUCUACUUAUAAUUCCAUUGGAAUUUUUGUUUUUUGAUAAAUGUUUUUACACUUACUAAAUCAUAAUCAUAAUUCUUUAAUUUUUUUUUUUUUUUUUUUUUUUUUGUGACCGGUAAGGGGAUCGCAACCCUUGGCUUGGUGUCACCCGCACCGUGCUCAGCCAGUGAGCACACCGGCCAUCCCUAUAACCGGCCAUCCCUAUAUAGGAUCCGAACCUGCGGCGGGAGCACCGCUGCACUCCCAGCGCCGCACCCUCCCAAGUGUGCCACAGGGUCGGCCCCUUUACAGUAAUGUUUUAAAACACUUCUUGACCUGUUUGGUUUCUCCUUAUGUUUAUUACUACCAAUCACCUUUUAAUUUCAAAGUAGGAUUUUGGUUAGCCUGUUUAUGUCUGAUACAUAGUAUUUUCCAGUAUAAUGCAGUAUUUGUGUAGUCUAGUAAGCUAAGCUAGGGAGCUUAUCAUUGCUGUACAAUAAUCUGUAGAAAGCUCUGUGCUUUGGAAACUUGAGGUGGCAUUUUUAUUGCUAUAUAAAUGUACUCAAAAAUAAAACUGUAUUCAGAAAUA